GGUCCGGCUCCGCCCCGGGGCUGUUUCCCAGCGGGUUCCGUUGGCCGUGGCGGCCGCCGAAGCUAUGGCAGCGGUGGCCGCGAGGCGGGCGUAAGAUGGCUACAGCCGUGGUGGGAUCCCUGGGCCUGCUAUGGGGCUGGCUGUGGAGCGAGCGCUUCUGGCUGCCUCAGAACGUGAGCUGGGCGGACCUGGAGGGCCAGGGCGACGACUACCCGCGCGCUCGGCACCUCCUGUCGGUGUACCCGCUGGCGGCGGGCAUCUUCUCCGUGAGGCUGCUCUUCGAACGGUUUAUUGCCAAACCUUGUGCACUCCGACUAGGCAUUGAGAACAGUAGGAGAUCUGAUGUCAAACCCAAUGCCAUCCUUGAAAAGGUGUUUCUAUCUAUUACUAAGAAUCCUGAUAAGAAAAGGCUGGAGGGCCUGUCAAAGCAACUGGACUGGGAUGUCCGAAAAAUCCAAUGCUGGUUUCGCCAUCGGAGGAAUCAGGACAAGCCCCCAACGCUCACUAAAUUCUGCGAAAGCAUGUGGAGAUUCACUUUUUAUUUAUGUAUGUUCUGCUACGGAAUUAUAUUUCUCUGGCUGUCACCUUGGUUCUGGGAUACCCGACAGUGCUGGCAUAGCUAUCCAUAUCAGCUAACAAAGAUUCUGAACACAACCCUAUUUGAGAGUUGGGAGAUAAUUGGGCCCUAUCCUUCCUGGUGGUUCUUCAAUGGCCUUCUCCUGGUCUUACAAGUUCUGCAUAUCAUCUGGUCAUACCUGAUUGCACAAAUUGCUCUCAAAGCCUUGAUCCGGGGAAAGGUGUCUAAGGACGAUCGCAGUGAUGUGGAAAGCAGCUCAGAGGAAGAAGAUGAGGCCAAGAACACAAAAGACCUCUCUGGAAGCAACUCUGGCAGUGGUGCCAAUUGUGUGAAUGGCCACCUUGGGGAUGGGUACUGGGCUGAAGAGUAAGGGGCAUGGGAACUUGAGCACACAUGGACUGGCAGGGCUGCUCCUACUCCUGGGGCCUCCCCGCAGCUGCCCUCCUGUGAAUAGAGGGACAGUGAGGCACCAAAGAAACAAAUACUUUUUUUUACCUGUCAUUUUGUAUUUAAUGCCCUCCAAGUCCUUUCAGUAAUGUUAUUUGCUCUUCGUGUGUGUUUGUGUAUGCGUUUACGCAUGUGCUCUGUGCAUAUGCAUGGGUGUUAUCGCCUAGGUUGUGACACAGCUGUGGACUGAGGCCACUAGGCCAUGCCUGGUCUCUUUUGAAUCCACUAGCCAAAUUCCAGAGUCCUCCCUUGUGGCCUGUGGCUUUUGAGAUUGAUUUCCUGGACCAUCUGAAUGAAGCACACAGGUUCAGCUCUAAGUUUCUAUACUGUUCCUCUUUUGGUACAGGAAGGGAUAUUUCACAUUGUCAAGCUGUUUAAAAACAGAACCUUGGAUGGGUGGCCAGGAUCCUUGUGGUCCCUAGCUAGACUCUUUCUACCACCUAUGAUGGUGACAGGGACAACUGCUUAUACCCUGUUCUUUACUCAAUGGUACACAGGGAGGGGGUAUGUAAGGAUAAGCUGAGGGCCAGAGUACAACAGCCACUGGGUGAGCUGUUAACGGUUUUAUACUAUUGUUUACUCUUCUGUGAUUAAAGUGCUUCAACCCUCCUA